AUGCUGGAAAUUGCAGUCUAGCAACGUUUGGGUGGAGUAUUGCUUUCCCCUUUAACACUUGAUAAUAGGUUGCAAAAUGUUAUAGUCCAGCAAUAUUUGGGUGAAUCUACACUGCCAAGUAAGGAAUGUGUGCAGAUCAGAUACUGACUGGGGCUGACCUAGAGGAAGAUGAUACAAUUGUUUUGUAAGUUAUCAGUGCACAACUGCAUAAAAGUGGGAAUAAUCUGGAAAUUGUGUUCUGAGAAAUUUCAUAUAGUUUAUUCUGUCUGUACCAUGGAACUUCCACUUUCUAAACCCUACAAGUAACGCUUAUGUCUCUAAAAGAAGAUCUCCUCUGCAUAGCACAAGCUAUUUUGUCCGGAAUUAAUUGAAUUAGCAUUUUGUGUUCAGAGCGUUAAAUCAGCCAUACAAACGUACAGACAAUAGAAAAAGCUUAAUGCGCAUUCGCACCCAGAAGUGUGAUUCAACAUUCCUUCAUUAUCAUGGCCACAGUAUGACAUGCUGGACUCUAACGUCAGCCAACAGUGGGUAGAGAGCCUACAUUCUCCGUUGGAUGAAACAAUGUAUUCUUCAAUGCCGUCCUUGUUUGAAAUGUGAACCCCAGUAGCCUUCCAAACCAGUGGCUCAUGAGCAUUUGAAUGGCAUAAAUAAAGUGACAGUGUCUUUAGGACCGUGAAACAAGUUCUUUUUUUCUAACCUGGGGAAGUAUCCCCACCCACUUUCUCAUACCAUACCUGUACUCCGAAAAAGGAAAAAUAAGGAAGUCCUUCCCUGUAGGUGGAAAAGCAGUGCUGAUUCUUGGCUCUGAAACCGUCAGCCUUAUUACUUUUUACAGCUCCUGGUUUGCAGUGGAAUCUAGAAGUAAAAACGAAUGGGGAUUGAAUUGAUCUGCCUCUUUGCUUUCAUUCUGCAUGGAAAAAAUCACGUGCAAGGAAGUUGCGCUUUGGGAAGUACAAUGACUUGCGGAGAAUGCCUGAAACUGGGGCCUCACUGCGCUUGGUGCUUUCAUAAGAAUUUUACUGAUUCUUUGGAUAUUGCAGUUAGAUGUGAUACCUAUGAAGUUCUUCAGUCUAAAGGAUGUCCUGCUGAGUCUAUUGAAUUUCCAGAUUCCAAAUUAAAAGUUCUUAGAAAUAAGCCACUUACAGAAGGUGCACAGGAAAACAGUUCUGAUGCCACUCAGAUCAGUCCUCAGAAGCUUCUUCUCAAACUGAGACCUGGUAGAGAACUAACAUUCCAGAUAAACGUUCGUCAGACUGAAAAUUAUCCUGUAGACCUGUACUACCUGAUGGAUCUCUCUGCCUCCAUGGAUGAUGAUCUGAAAACAAUAAAGGAACUGGGUUCAAGUCUUUCAAGGGAAAUGUCCAAGUUAACAAACAAUUUUCAGUUGGGAUUUGGAUCUUUUGUAGAGAAACCAGUUUCCCCUUAUAUUAAAACAGUUCCGAAGGAUAUUGAAAACCCUUGCCAUAUACCUUAUUACUGCCUGCCGACCUUUGGGUACAAGCAUGUUCUGUCCUUAACGCCAAAUGCCCAGAACUUUAAUGAAAUAGUGACGAAGCAGAGGAUCUCGGGAAAUAUUGACACACCAGAGGGAGGAUUUGAUGCCAUUAUGCAAGCAGCUGUUUGCAAGGAACGAAUUGGCUGGAGGAAUGGGUCUUUACAUCUUCUGGUGUUUGUUAGUGAUGCUGACUCUCACUAUGGUAUGGACAGCAAGCUAGCUGGCAUUGUGAUCCCAAAUGAUGGCCUGUGUCACCUUGACAGCAAUAAUGAAUACUAUAUGUCUACAGUCCAGGAAUAUCCAUCAGUUGGACAGCUCAUUGAAAAACUAGUGGAAAACAACAUUCUUCUCAUUUUUGCAGUUACAAAAGCACAUGUUUCUUUAUACCAGGGCUAUGCCAGCCUAAUUCCAGGGGCCACUGUUGGACUUUUGGCAAAGGAUUCUGGGAAUGUCCUACAGCUAAUUAUAAAUGCAUAUAAAGAAUUGAGGUCAGAGAUUGAGCUUGAAGUACUUGGAGACACAGAAGGACUCAGUCUCUCCUUUACAGCACUAUGCAAUAACGACACAGCUAUCCCACACAGCAAGAAAUGCCAACAUUUAAAGGUUGGGGACAGAGUGUCUUUCAGCGUAAGCAUUACAUCUGCUUCUUGUGAAAAACAAUCCCGCCACAUAGUAAUUAAACCCGUGGGCCUUGAAGAGAGCCUGGAAAUUGAGAUUGAGUCUGAAUGCACAUGUCACUGUCACAGAGAAGAGAGGAGCAGUGAAUGCAGUCAGGGGAAUGGGGCCCUGGAAUGUGAAGUUUGUGUUUGCUAUCCCCCUUACUUGGGAGACCAUUGCCAGUGUAACGAAGGCUCCCUCAACAGUAGCUCAUGCAAGGAACUGGACUCAUGCGGUGGCAGAGGAGAGUGUUACUGUGGCCAGUGUAUCUGCUAUCCCUCAGUUUACGGGCGCAUUUAUGGGUCCCAUUGUGAAUGUGAUGAUUUCUCUUGCGUGAGGCACCGGGGUGUAAUCUGUGCAGGCCACGGAGACUGCGAAUGUGGAGACUGUGUAUGCCAUAGCGGCUGGAGCGGCUCAUACUGUAACUGCACAACAGAUACUCAGAGCUGCAUAUCAGAGAGUGGCACCCUCUGCAGUGGAAGAGGUGAAUGUGUCUGUGGGAAAUGUGUUUGUAACAACCCUGAAGUUUCUGGUGAUGUGUGUGAAAGAUGUCCAACGUGCGGUGAUCCCUGCAGCUCAAAAAGGGCCUGUGUAGAAUGCCAUUUACUGCCGGCAGAAGAACGACAAGAGGAAUGUGAAAAGACAUGCAAGCUGGUGGAUGCAACUGUCAGCAGCGCAGAAGAUUUCACUGAGGAUAAAUCUAUUUUGUGCUCCUUGCAAGGUGAAAAUGAAUGUGCUAUUACAUUUGGGAUGGCGGAGGAUGAGCACAGAAAGAAAGUCAUUUAUAACAUACGACAAAAAGAUUGCCCUCAAGUGCCAAACAUUAUUAUCAUAGUCAUUGGGGUCUCCAUUGCGAUUGCACUGAUUGGCAUCAUUAUCCUGUGCAUCUGGAAGCUGUUUGUCUCAUUUCAAGAUCGCAGAGAAGUUGCUAAAUUUGAAGCAGAAAGAAUGAAGACCAAAUGGGAUUCCGGUACAAAUCCACUCUACAAAGGUUCCACAUCUACAUUUAAGAACGUGACUUACAGACGACAAGACAAGCAAAUCAAUGGCAUGGUGUGAGAAGGCCCCGAGGCACCACGUGUUCAUGGUUAAUACAAAGCAGGAAGUUCAUUCAGAUUCUGCUAUGUAGGGUCACAGGGCAAUUAGGAAACUGGGCACUUAGUAGCUGGGCUGAUUCAUCUUGGUAAGGGGAGUUCAGUGCUUGACUAGUGUGAGAAAUACUGUAGUGUAUGAGGGCCCUUGGCUGGACUGGCAUGUUCCCUAGAGAGUCAAAAGAUUUAUGUUUUUCAUAAAGAAUUUACAGUAAAAGUGAAAGUCACAUUACUGGGCCCAUGUGACAGAAUUUCGGUGCCAUUUCUUUUAGAUGAUUGGGAAAAUAAAACUGCUUAACAGGGAUGGAAACUUUCCAUAAGGGUAAUAGCAAAUGGGUUCUUCUUGGACGACCAGAUAUGCAGCGUUAAAUUGCACCCCAAAGAUUAACAUUGCAAUUGCCUAAACACAUGCUUAUCAGAUGAUAGUUGUCUGGUUCUCCCUGGGCCAGCAUCGGUACAAGGCAAUUGUUAGGGUUGUUGGGAUGUUAGUCUUUUGUGGAGGCUUUUCCACUCACUUUUCUGAGCACCCAUAGCUAGGAUUACCAAGGUUAAAGGAAAGUGAUAAACUCAGAAUUAAUACUUACCCAACAACUAAUGUGUGUCCUAUUAUAAAAUCAAAUUGGCAUAUACAUAUCAGUAAACUUGUAAUGUUCUCUGUCACUCACAGCUGCCUCACCAGUAGCGAUAAAUGAACUCUAUCUCCUGCUAUAGAGGCUGCCCUCUAAUGGCAGCGGUACUCCACAUUAAUAAAUAUGGACAAUGAACAAACAUAUCCAGGAACAUCUGCAGUUUGCACUAGCCAAAAUAGAAUAAAAUGUUAAAUAGCAGCAAGAUGACUGACACAGUAGUAUUCCCACUGGAAAAUGUAUUUGCACUUGUCAUUAAGUUUGGCCAGACUUCUUUGGGGAAGGUAUUAUCGAGAGUUUAUUUCCCCUUCAUUGAAAUAACUAAAAACCACUGUACAGAAGGUCAGGUCUCUCCAUUCAUGAUGCUUAUGGAUUUUCUAGCUGCUGUAAGUACCUCUUCACUCUGGAGCCCUCACACUACCAUUUAUUUAUGCAAGAGCUGCUGAGUGGCACUUUCCAAAGGGAGUAGUCAGAUCAGGGUGCAUUCACAAAGUUGCCUGCAAAAUAAAAUCUGGGGGCCAAAGGUGCAUGGGCAAGAUUUCAAGCAUGGGCUAUUUGCAACCUCCUAGAUGCACUGCAACUCCUAACACCCCCUGACAACUUUUAGAAAUGCCAAGGGGUUGUGCAUUCAGCUGUGCAUGGGUCCAGUGUUACUGCUUCUAAAGGGCUCUGGAAUCAUAUAACAAAGUCCUUUUAAGGUCUUCUUUGCAAAAUACAGGCGCGUUGACAAGGCCCUUGACAAGUCAGCUAUUUAAUUGUAGCUCAGCAGAAUAUACUGUGUCAUGUUGUUUUAGGCUAGCUUGACACAAUUUGCCAGUUGCAGUUAUUGCCAAUGAACCCUGAUGUUUUUGCAUGAUGCAUAUCAAUAAAACUGUAUAUAAUACAGAGCAAAUUAGUUUUAAUUAGUGAUUUAUAUUUCAGGGUUAUUAAACAAACGGUGCAACCUUUGCUCUGGUCUAGUAAUCCAUAGCACCCAAUCACCAAAGUUUUGCUAUGGAUUACUAGACCAAAUCAAACUUCACACUCACAGCAACUUCAAAGGCCCAAGGCCCUGCCAGCCCUUGACAUUUCACCUUUUCAUUUAACACUGGUACACUUAGAGGAGAAAGAUGACUACUAAGGUUACCACGAUACUGUUUUUCUUCUUCUCUAACUAAACUUCUUUGUGUUAUAAUAUUUGAUAUUUUGUUCUUGUAUGUAAUAAAAAUGGAUUUUGACCCAAAGGCUGGUCCUUUUGAGGCGUCAAAAUAUUUUUCAGAAAAUGUUUUUGUUAAAAAUAAACGAGUUCUACAAUAAG